AUGCCAACGAAAUCUUCAUGGUAGAACCUGAAUAAAAAUAAUAAGAUUUCUUCGAAAAAAAGAGAAUCUCAGUUGUCUCUUUCAGAAAUUCCUCUUCUUCUAUUUCUUCUGACUCAUCACUUGACUUAAAUGAAGUCUCCUUUUCCCGCAGUGGAUCAUUUUCACCUUCUUCUGGUUCCAACAGACUCUCUCUUGGCAGCAGUCUCUUAAACAGAAGAAAAUAAAACAAAGUCCUCAUUAUUUGAAAAGACUUGCAAAAGCAAAUCUAAAUAAAUAGAUAAUGAUUUCUUAAACGAAUAAAAUACUGCUAUAUAAAAUUAAUUAAAACACUUACUUUAAUCAAAAAUUAAUAAAUAAAUAAAUAAAUAAAUAAAUGAUUUGACUAAGAUAUCUUGA